AUGGAAAUAAUUAAGAAUCAGAUUUAGCUGAAUUUAAAAGUAAUUAUUUAAAUUACUAAUUAAUAGAACGCUUAAAUUAAUGCAAAACUGAACAACAGAAAUGUUUAACUUGCCCAUUAAAUUCUUUGA